AUGAAGGAUCCUGGGAGCUUCACAAUCCCCUGUACCAUUGGGAUCUUGACGAUAAGUAGAGCUCUAUGUGAUUUCAGGGCCUCAAUUAAUCUGAUGCCAUUAUCUUUAUAUAGGAAAUGUGACAUCGGGGAGGUACAAUUGACGACCGUAUCACUGCAACUAGUAGAUCGUUCUCUCACUUACCUUGGAAGUGUAGUAGAGGAUGUUCUAGUUAAAGUUGGUAAAUUCAUCUUCCUAGUGGAUUUUAUGGUUCUAGACAUGGAGGAAGAUUCAGAAGUUCCCAUCAUUCUAGGUUGGCUGUUCUUGGCCACAGGUAGGGCAUUGAUAGAUGUCCAAGAAGGUAAGCUUUCACUUAGGGUGAACGAUGAGAAGGUAAAAUUUAACAUAUUUCAUUCUCUGAAGUAUGUUGAGUUUGAUAGUACUUGUUAUAGAGUAGAUGUUGUAGAUAGAAAUGUAGCUGAGUUUCAAGAGUUAGCCUUAUCCACAGACCAUUUGAGUUAG